AUGUAUCCAAAGUAAAGAAUACAGACAAGACCAAUUACUUCGAAUCCAAUUUUAAGUAAGUUUUAUAAUAAGUGAGGGAAAGAGAGUAAAUUCUAUGAAUUAAAAAUGUUUAGUUCAAGACAUCAAUAAAUCAUUGCAAUUGGAUGUAAGUAAUUUUAAUUAUUCGAAGGUUGAAAAAACAAAGUUGGAAAUGCAAUUUUUAGUUGAUGUGGAGAGAAAGAAAACUGAAACAAAUAAAUAAAUUAUUCAUUAAGCAUUUCUAGAAUCUUAAGAUUUACUUAAUGAAGCAAAUAAUAAAAAACUUGCUAUGUUAUAAUAAUAAAAUGAAGGCACAAUACAAUAAAUCAUCCAAAAUCACUAAUAAGAAAUCAUCAAAUUACAUAAACAUUAUGAAUAAUAAGUUGAAAAGAUGAAGUAGUAAUUUGCAUCUAAAGAAGAUGAAGAAAAAUUUAAUUACUAAAAUAAUUUAUAAUAGUUGAAGAUAUAGAUAUAGACUAAUUUCGAAUAUUAAUUAGAAUAAUAUAGAUAAUAAUUUUUUAGAGAAAGAACUGAAAUAAAUGAAAGACAUGCUUGGGAAAUAAAGAGAAUUAAAGAAAAAAAUGAUGAAUAAAUCAAGUAAUAAAUUUGAUUAAUUAAAGAGUUAUUUUUGAUCGACUUAGUAGAGAAUAUGAUACAAAAAUUAAUGAUUAAAUUUAUCAAAUUACAUGCAGUUAUGAAACAAAAAUUGAUUAACUUAAAUAACAUAUUUCUUAUAUUGAAUAGCAGAAGUAAAAUUUGGAAGAACAAGUUCAUAAAUUUUCACAAAUAAAUACAGAUAAAGAUGAAUAAAAAAAGGUCUUUGUUACUUCUUCGGUAUAAACUACUAUUCUUUUGAAAAAUUAGGAUGUAUAAACAGAUUAAUCUAUAUAAAUAAUUGAGCCUUUAUAUUGCACAAAUUACGAAGAGAUCAUAGCAAAAAAUAAUUAACUUAAAUAACUGAACUUUGAUUUAUCUUCUUAAAAUUCAGAAUUAAAGGCAAAUAUUUAAUUUCUAGAACAAUUAGUAACUAAAUAUUAAAAUUUAUUUGAGUGA